GUCCACAGGGGUAGUCCGGCGUGUUGCCAAUCCAAUAUCUCUCCACCGCAACGUCCCCAAAAUGACUUUGCACUUCCAUUGCACCUGCAUGCUGCGCUCUGCGCCUUUGCGCGCACAAUGGCCUCAGCAGUCGACAUCAUCACAUACGUCGGCAUCCCGCUCGCUGUCCUCGGCGUUCUCCCCACAAUCUACACAGCAUGGAAGUCCUUUCUAACCUUGCGCCAAAUUACGCGCACAUUGCACGCCAACGGCGUCACAGCCAUCACGCGCUCCGCACUCCUCUCUGGCAUCGUGGAGGUCGAAAUCCCCCGGAAAAGCAUCACCCCCCUUGACCGCAGCGAUCCACGUUACUUCAACCUACGCGCGACGCCUUCCCGGCUGCGCGGCGGGACGUGGACGCUGUUCGAGUGGAAGGAGAUGGCGAUCGGAGUCAAGAGCUAUAGACUGCAGUACCACGACGAGCUGGCACAGCCACAGGCUGAGAUCGAGUUCGAGGCGCUGAUUGCGUUUUUGCUCGAUCGCGGGGCGGUACCGAGUCAGGCGGGGUGGUCCGACCUGCGGGGCGCGGGGCUGUGGACGGUGGCAGGGACGAAGUUGCUGGUUAGUCCUGGGGAAGGGGAGGAGGUGCUGAGUGUGGCGUUUAGCGAUGACAGUGACGGAAUUCUUAGUUUGAGUUUGAAUUGGAAAGGGGAGUGGGAUGGGAGGGGAAGGGAGAGUUUGCCGCCGUAUUGGGUCAGAGUCAGGGCGCCAGAUGGCGAGGAAGAUUUGCUGGGUAGAGUGCACGAGAUCGAGGAGGUGAGAGCAGAGGGAACGGUGGAGGAAAAGAAGGGCGCGUUUCUGGACGAUGCGAGUGCCACGAGCGAAGAUGUGAAGUCGCGGUCUGCGAUACGCGUCAGGAUAUCCACCACAGGCAUACAGGAAGCGUACGGCGACGACGGUUCCAGUCAGAAGCUCCAACUACACCACCUCCGCCCGCCUCCACCGUCCUCCUCAACAGCGUCAACAGCAGGCUUCUGGUUCUGCUGCGCAGCCACCGCCUUCCAAGCACCCCAAGGCGGUCUCUGGUCCUUCUCCAUCCCGCAUGACAUUCUACAGCUAGCCCGCCACUCCACGGUGCCCUGCGGUGUGAUGGUCCUCCUCGACACAAUGACCGACGAGGAGGUACCCGCGUGGCGCACGCCAUACAACGACCAAGCGGAGCGCCUCGAGCGGCAAGUCAAAGCGCAGCAGCAGAGCCGCGCAAUGCUGGAAGAAGGGCGGCUUCCCCCAGCGCAGCGCGACGCCGCACGCCGCGACCGCAUACAGCGCGAGGCCAUGGACUUCCACAACGACUUCCGGCGCCGCAUGCUCGUGCAGGAGGAACGGCGCGAGGCGGAGAUGCUCGAAGCGAUCCAAAGCCAGAAAUUGCACGUGGGCAUCGUUGCGCAAGCAAACCUCAAGGCCCUCAAGAAGAAGCUCCGCCUUUCUUCUGUACCUACGCUCACUAUGGUGGUAGAGCACAUCCUGUACGGCAUGCUGCAGGACCGGGCAUUCGCGCAGAGACUAAGCGUGAUGCUCGACUUGUGGAAGAAUUGGGCGCAAUCAGGGGGUAUGACGAAGAGCCACUAUCUCGCGGUGAAGGAAGACCAAGUCAUGUUCUCUCUAGCUAGUUGUGUGCUAGCCAUCAUCCGGGACAUGGUCAGUGAGCCGUCGGGCAGCGUAGUCGGGGAUCUGCAGGAGUGUCUGCGGAUGUGGAAGAAGGUUCGGCUAGGAUGAGAAGUUCGAAUAAGUAAGCAGACAGACUGAGAGAGAGAGGGAGAGGAGAGAGCGACGAAGGAUUAAUGCAGAGACGAUGUACUAUAUGAUUACGCUAAUAUUAUACUCAUAAUGCGAGAU